GAUGCAUGACUUAAGCUUCAUAUUCACUUGAGAACUCAGUUAAGUAAGUAGACACGAUGGCUAAGUUUGCUGUGGCUAAUCUCUUGAUCCUUCUUUUGAACUUGGGCGCUUUGCUCACUUCACUUGCCUGUCCCUCUUGCCCUUCCCCUCCUCACCCUAAGCCACCAGUAAAACCUCCCAAAGUAAAGCCGCCAUUUCACCCUAAACCACCAACCGUGAAGCCACCAAAGCCUCCAGUAACACCAAAACCACCAGUCGUGAAGCCACCAAAACCUGAAACACCGUGCCCUCCUCCUCCAGUAAUACCAACACCACCAAUCGUGAAGCCACCACCAACACCACCGAAGCAAGAGACUUGCCCCAUUGACACUCUCAAGUUAGGCGCAUGUGUGGAUGUCCUAGGUGGACUAAUCCACAUUGGUAUUGGCAGUAGUGCCAAGGAUGAAUGCUGCCCCCUGCUGGAAGGUCUUGUAGACUUGGAUGCUGCUGUAUGUCUUUGCACCGUUAUCAAGGCUAAGCUUCUCAACAUCAAUCUUAUUCUACCCAUCGCUCUUGAGCUCCUUGUUGACUGUGGCAAGACCCCACCUGAAGGGUUCAAGUGUCCUUCCUAAUUAAUUAGGUUGUGCUGUAACUUACAGAGUAUACACGUGUGGGCUUGAAAGCAUAAUUAAAGAAUAACUGCACGAGGGAUCUUCAAGUGUCUAACUGCACGAGGGAUCUUCAAGUGGCUAGAAUGAAGCAUUUUUAUAUAGGAUAUCUUGUGUUUUGUUCUCCCAGAGAAUUUUCUUCUGUUCUUCUUUCCCUUUUCUAGAGAAUAUAUUGUGUGUUAAUUUGUUUUACUUCUUCUUGUGUAUCCAUUAUGGCUAUACUUUGUCAUGGGCCAGGGGUUGAUGUUCUUCGUGUACCAACCACUUGAAAUUAAUACUACAAGAAAUUUGGUUCCAA